GACGUGGGAAGGGAGGGAUUCGGACACAAACAAACGUCCACGGGUCUGCUGUCGGAGUCCGUUAGCGAUAACCGUGACAUGUCAGGCGGGUUUCACAGGGAACUCGGCGACAUUUGAAACAUGUGGCUCAAACCUGAAGAGAUUCUGCUGAAGAACGCCUUCAAAUUGUGGGUCACCGAGAAGGAUAAUGAGUACUUCGUACUGCAAAGGAGACGGGGCUACGGAGAAGGCGGCGGCGGGCUGACAGGCCUCCUCGUGGGAACUCUGGAUACUGUGCUGGACUCCACAUCCAAAGUUGCUCCCUACCGUAUUCUCCACCACACACCAGACUCACAAGUGUACUGGUCUAUAGCAUGCGGUGUUACCAAAGAGGAGAUCUUUCAGCACUGGGAUUGGCUGCAGCAGAACAUUAUGAGGACGCUCUCUGUUUUUGACUCCAGCGAAGACAUCACCAGCUUUGUACAGGGCAAGAUAAGAGGUCUUAUUGCUGAGGAAGGGAAGACAUCCCUGGUGCUGGAGGACGAUCCUGAGAAGUUCAGAGAAGCGCUUUUGAGGUUUGAGAAGUGGUUUGAGCUGCCACCAGAAGAAAAGUUGGUCACAUAUUACUCAUGCAGCUACUGGAAAGGCAAAGUUCCCUGCCAGGGCUGGCUCUACCUCAGCACUAACUUCCUGUGCUUCUAUUCCUACCUUCUUGGAGCUGAGGUGAAACUGGUCAUUUCCUGGGAUGAGAUGUGGAGGCUGGAGAAAACUUCCAAUGUUAUUCUGACUGAGAGCAUCCACGUUUUGGCUCAUGGAGAGGAUCAUUACUUUUCCAUGCUGCUGCACCUUAAUGAAACGUUUGUUAUCAUGGAACAGCUGGCUGACUACUCCAUCAAGCGUCUUUUUGAUAAAGAGGCCUUCCAGAGAGUGCCAGCACUCUCCGACCCCCUACAAAUUACCAAGAGAGGCCUAGAAGCUCAUGCAAAGAGUGAGCAAUUCCGGACAUUUUUCAGGCUUCCCAAAGAAGAAAACCUGUUAGAGGUGCAUGAGAGCUUCCUCUGGGUGCCCUUCAGCCAUUUUAACACACUUGGCAAGAUCUGCCUGUCUGAGAACUACCUAUGUUUUGCUAGCCAGGAUGGAAGCCAAUGUCAUAUCAUCAUUCCAAUGCGAGAGGUUGUUAAUGUUGAGAAGCCAGAUUCCAGCAGCCGAGCUUUAACAGUUUGUGUGCGUGGCAAGAGGGCGUUGCGAUUCUCUGAGGUGCGGGACUACCAGAGGCUUGCAAACACAAUCCGUAGCAGGUGUGGGAUUAGUGCCAGCCCACAGCACUCUGCUUCAUCAGAGGCUAUCCGAGGUGAAUGUCAGUCACUCAUAAACCACUUCGAGGACAAUCCAGAGGACGUAACUCUAAUGGUGGGACAGAAAGACAGCAGCAAGGCCGUGAGCACUGAGGCUCUCAUGACUGUAUUCCACCCCCAGGAUGUGGAAAACCUUGAUCCCAAAAUGCUUAAGGAGAAGAUGAAGGAGCAGUCGUGGAACAUCCAUUUUUCUGAAUAUGGACGUGGUACAAGUAUGUUCUUCACCAGGAAGACAAGAGACUUGAUUGUUCGCGGUGUUCCCGAGGCCUUGAGGGGAGAACUGUGGAUGCUCUUUUCAGGAGCUGUAAAUGACAUGGCCACUCACCCCGGCUAUUACACUGAGCUGGUUGAGCAGUCUCUGGGCACAAGCACUCUGGCUACAGAUGAAAUCGAAAGAGACCUGCACCGCUCUCUGCCGGAGCACCCAGCCUUUCAGAGUGACACGGGAAUCUCAGCUCUACGCAGAGUCCUCACUGCCUACGCCUACAGGAACCCUAAAAUUGGAUACUGCCAGGCCAUGAACAUUCUCACCUCAGUUCUCCUGCUGUAUGCGAAAGAAGAGGAGGCUUUCUGGCUGUUAGUUGCUGUCUGUGAGAGGAUGCUGCCGGAUUACUUUAACCGCCGAAUUAUUGGUGCUUUGGUUGACCAGGCUGUGUUUGAGGAUCUGAUCAGAGAAAACCUCCCCCAGCUGGUAGAGCACAUGACAGACCUGAGUUUCUUCUCGUCCGUGUCCUUGUCCUGGUUUCUCACUCUUUUCAUCAGUGUUCUGCCCAUAGAAAGUGCUGUGAACGUGGUGGACUGUUUUUUCUAUGAUGGCAUCAAAGCCAUCCUGCAGCUUGGCCUGGCUGUGCUGGACUACAACAUGGACGCUCUGAUCAGCUGCCAUGACGAUGCUGAGGCCGUCACCAUCCUCAACAAGUUCUUUGAUAGUGUGACAAACAAGGACAGCCCUUUGCCUCCAACAGUGCAGCAAGCCUCGGUGGGCAACAAUGAUAAAGCCUCUCAUAUCAAUGUUGAUAUCAGCGAACUGAUCCGAGAGGCCUACGAGAAAUAUGGAAACAUCCGUUCAGAAGAGGUCGGGAGUUCUCGCAAAAGAAACAAACUGUAUGUGAUCCAGACACUGGAGGAUACAACAAAGCAAAAUGUUAUCCGGGUGGUUUCCCAAGAUGUCAGAUUUAAUGCGUCACAGCUGGAUGAGCUUUACAAUUUGUUCAAAAGGCAGCAUUUCCUCAGCUGCUACUGGACAAUGAAGAGUCCAGCUCUGCUCCAUCAUGACCCCAGUCUGGCCUAUUUGGAGCAGUACCAGUUGGGAUUCCAACAGUUCAGCGUGCUCUUCUCCCUGCUGGAGCCCUGGGCUUUUUGCACCACCAAGAGCACCCUCUCCCUCUGGGUCUUCCGCCUGAUAGACGAGAACCAGGACGGACUCGUAAACUUCAAAGAAUUCUGCUGUGCCCUUGAUACUUUAUACAGUGGAUCAUUCACAAAUAAGCUGAAAUUUCUCUUCAAGCUGCACCUGCCUCCAGCUUUCACAGGUAGUCCUUUGCACUUAAAGGAACAAAGAAUCCAGCAGUUUAUUCCAGUGACUGAAGACUCUUCUCCCUUCAGUAGGCUCACUGCAUUUGAUCUUCCAGAAGAUGGCGUGAUAAAGAAAAGCCCUGAAAGAGGUAGAGGAAAGGUUGACCUGCAGGCCUACCUAAAACAAUGGCAAAAUGAAAUACUUAAAAAAGAGGAAACCAUCAAGGAUCUACCCAGAAUUAAUCAGACUCAGUUCAUCCAGUUCUCCAAGACCCUCUACAACAUUUUUCACGGGGAUCCCGAGGAGGAGUUGCUGUACCGAGCCGUGGCCCACGUGACCAGCCUCCUCCUGAGGAUGGAGGAGGUGGGACGGAGGCUGCAGGAGGCAAGCAGCCCGCCUGAGUCGGCAAAGCCUGCCAGCACCACUGCUGCGGAGGAGUCUUCUACUGAAGAAGCCUCCACCACCCCGGAGAGCUCCGACACCUCCAGCUCCCACAACAGUCAGGAUGCAGGGCCCGACCUCUCAGAGACGGAGUGGUCGUUUUCCUUCGAGCAGGUCCUCGCGUCUCUGCUCAACGAGCCCGCCAUCGUCAGCUUCUUUGAAAGGCCCGUCGAUAUUCAGGCGAAAGUGGGUCAAGCUAGGGUUGCCCAGCUGAAGCUAAAGGCAAACAAGUGAAGGGAUACAUAAAUGAAUAGACUUUGCUUCUGACACCUAGAGGUCGCCAUGUAUUUCCUUUCUCCAGUUGGAUAGGGCAGUGGGUUUUGGCGAGGCAGACGGUAAGAUAUAAAUCAAGAGUAGACAUCAGAACCCUGGGGUGCAGCAUGUGUGUCUUUCUGGCAGAUUAUGAUCAGCUGAGAAAACACGAGACGGUAAACGCUGUUCUGUAACAAUCUGCUGACCUACACCUUCAGUGGAGCUUCAUGUUAAAUCUUGCAGACAUACUGUAGAUUGUCAUUCCUCAGAUCUGAUUAUGCAUUCUUAACUUGGGUGACGGAAUUAGCUAUGUCGUUUAACCACAGGUUUUUCAGAUUUCAAUUUAAACUAAAUACUUUUGUAUUAUAAGGCAUAUUCACUACUCCUCUGUGUCCAGAGACAUGACAGAAGAGCCUGUCCUUCCCCUCCCUGUCUCUGAUGUCAUGUUAAAGUCUGACUCCAUAAUAAAUGACCCAGACAAGGUGACUGAGAGUCCACAAGAGGAUUCUCCAUCUGGAUAUCUUGAUAUAUAAUCUCUUUCAGAGUAGUGCUUUAAAGUGAAAUUUACUGUAAAUUCUAGUACGUCCUGUGACUUAAGUGUCUUCUGGUGAGUGUUAUCUUCUAAACAUCAACUUAUUGUGAGAAACACCAGCUUUUCAGUUAAUGUAGGAGCAAACAGUAGUACAGAGAGUCAAGGACAAGUUAGAGUGUUUUCCCUGGAAGCCAUAAAUUGAUUUCAGAUUAAAAGAUGUGAGAUACACUUUAUUGAGAGUGUAAAAGCAUUUGCAAUAAUGUACAAGAGAGGACAGUACUGCCCCAGCAGACUCGAAUGUCUCGUUCCUCCAACAGCAGCACACAUGGUAACCACAUAGCAUGACUUAGUGUGUGUCAUACUUGAAACAUAGGAUAUGUAAAGGUAAAAAUCCACUCUGCUGCUGCAGGCAAACUACCUGCAUCCUCCUCUGAAAUUGUCUAGAAAAGUGCCGUGUGUCAUCUUCACAGUGCAAUCGAUCGAUGUAUUGUUUGCUUAUGUUCGUCUUGCUGUAUAUGUGGGAUGUUACGCUCUAGUGUAAGUGCGGCAUUUUGUACAUAAAGGUCAGUUAAAUAGGCGUGUAUUUAUCAGGCUUGUAUGGAAGAUGUAAUAUAUGACCUAGUGGACUGUUGUGGACUCCUUAAACCUUUUGAAGGACAUUUUGUUUUAUUAAAUCUCAGGGUGACAUUUGUGUAAAAUGAAAGAGAGAAAAGGGAUAUUUUUGAACCUGGGAUAUAUAAAGUAUAUGACUAAGUUAUACAUAGCCUACAUCUUAUCUGUAACGUUUAAAUAUCAAGCAUGUGUAGCAUAGUUACAGGAUUUGCCACAUUAUGCCAGCCUUCGACAAACAGCUAUGACUGCUUGCAACAGAGAGUCAGACUUGACUCAGUAUUUCUGAUUUGUUAUUUUUUUAAUUAUCACUAUUAUUCUCUUUUCAUUUGCUGCUUCUUUUCUCUCUCCUUGCUUCUGUCUCAGUGAGUAAUUUGCACAGUUGUUUGACAUUCACAAGCUGUAGAUGUGCCUGUAUGUUGGCCAAAUCUCAGAGGCGUUGGAUUCCAAAAGGUCGUGACUGCUUCAGCUGCAGCUUGUCGUCUCCAGGGGCCAAAUUCACAAAUUUAAAAAGCUUUAUCUUUGCCUGUGUUGUGAAAAAGUGCUUUAGAUGCUUCCUAAGUGCAGCUGCAAUUCUUUUUGGCUACAUUUUUUAUCAUUUUGCUUGGAAAUAUUUUGUUAUUUUCUUGCGUAAGUGCUUAUUUGUUCACCUGGGACUUAAGGACCAAUCAGAAGUGCAUUUUAUUAGGUAAUUAUUCGGUCAAUUUGUCAUUUUGUUGAAGUGGGUUUUGCACAUUCAUUGAAAAAAAGCACCUCUCAUUGGAGCUUAAAAUAAUCAGUCACUGUUUACAUGACUGAUGUACAAGAAUAUCAAAAUACCCCCAUUCGUCUUUGACAUGUCACUCCUUAAAUCCAAAGUUUGAUCAGAGACUUCAGUAAUGAAUCUGACUUCAAAAUCUGAACUGAUCACAAACAACUCUCUUUGUAUUAUUUAAACCAGUCAGAUCUGACUAUGAUUUGACUAUUUCACAGCGACUGGUUCCCUGCACUUUCACACUGCAUUUGUAACAUUUCCAAACGUCAGCAAAUUAUUAUAAAAUGCAAAUUACAAUCUCUUAUCUAAGAGAACCUGUGUGGGUUGAGUUCUCGCAUGCUUAGUCAGUUUCUUAUUAUUUGAUAGUAUCUUAAAGACUAAUGGUUAUAUAAAAAGUCAAGUUUGCUUCCAAGAAUUAAUUUGUUGGUCUUUCUGCAGGAGGUCCAAAGCAGCGGUUAAGGUAGAACUCACUUUAUGAUGCUCAAUAGUUCCUAACUGUAUUUCUUCAGGCUUAGCUUCUUGAAAGUGGCACUUGAUGGUGACAGUGAUUUUUAUAUGUGGCUUUCUCUUGGCAGGGAAAUAAAUGAAAAAAGAUGACUUUGUUGAAACAGGUGAAGAAAAAUCAGAGGAUUGGUGAUUGUCAUUCUCCUGGCAUACUGGUAGUUCAACCAUUAAACAUCAGAGUGUAUACAGGAGGCAUGGAUAGAGCUCCAGCAGCUGCAUUAAUAUAUGGUCUUAUCAUUACAACUACAGCUUUUACAGGCUGUGCCUUUUUGACUGAAGUCUUGUUUUGCUGAAUUUGAGAUGCUCAUAUAUUUCUGUUUACUUGCUUGAUUAAGAUUUGGUUUUAUUUUUUUUUUAAUUUUCAUGCAAACGUUCCAGAAUAAAGAGUGAUGAUUCUAUGGA